AUUCAUUCAUAAAUCAUAAAUCAUAAUCAUAUCAAUUCAGUGUUCGUUCGUUCAAUCCCUUAACUGGUAGCAAACAAUUAACACUCAAGCAGAGAGAAGAAGAGAAGAAACAACAACAACUCUCUCUCUCUCUCUCUCUCUCUCUCUCUCUGCAAAUAUGAGCUCAAUUGUUCAGGGUUUUACAAAGUCACUCGCCAUGACCGUUCUCUCUGAGAUCGGUGAUAAGACUUUUUUUGCAGCUGCGAUACUGGCUAUGCGACACCCACGACGCCUUGUCUUAACGGGUUGCCUCGCAGCUUUGAUAGUGAUGACAAUUCUCUCUGUUCUUGUUGGUUGGGCUGCUCCAAAUCUGAUCUCUCGUAGUUGGGCUCAUCACAUCACGACGUUAUUGUUCUUCGGGUUUGGACUUUGGUCCUUGAAAGAGGCUAUAUUUGGAGAAGGGGAAUCAGAGGAGUUGGCUGAAGUUGAAGCUGAAUUGGACAAAGAUUGGAAGGCUAAAAAUGGAGCCACAAAAGAUAGCAAAAAGGUUGAUGAUGCCACAAAAAAACAUAAACGGCCAUUUUUAUCUCAGUUCUUCUCUCCGAUCUUGUUACAGGCAUUUUCUAUCACUUUUUUUGGGGAAUGGGGUGACAAGAGCCAGUUGGCUACCAUAGGUUUAGCUGCAGAUGAAAACCCGUUUGGUGUGGUUCUUGGAGGGAUUCUGGGGCAAGCGUUGUGUACUACUGCUGCUGUUAUUGGAGGGAAGAGUUUAGCAUCUCAGAUUUCUGAAAAAGUGAUUGGACUAUCAGGUGGAAUUCUUUUCAUUGUUUUUGGUAUCCAAUCAUUCCUUUCUCCAGUCUAAUGAUGAAGUCUAUGCUAUUGGUUAGUGAUUAUUCUCAAUGCCUUUCUUUGACAAGAUAUGUUUAAUGAACAUGCUUGUUAUAGUGGUUGAGAUUGGAUGCCAAAAGAGCUUGCCUUUCCACCUUGGGUCAAAAGCUUUCAUUCUUUUCACCCUUUUAAAGAUUUUAUUAUGGUUUAUAAUAAAGAUACCCUUGUAGAACUGAACAGACCCAAAUUUAAUGUAGGAAGUUGAUUGGAUUAUAUUCCUUUUCAACACGUACUUGCAGGAACGGAUUCUCUCACGGGAGAUUUUCACAAAUUUGUAAAUGUUUAUGAAGAGAGUUUUCCCAUGACAAGGUUGUGUGAAAUUUGUCAUGUGAAAAUUAGCAUAAAAGGAUCCAUUUCCAUGUGCCUACACUUAAUUGCUUUAUCUUCAUCUCUCAAUCUUUUGAUGCAUGUGUGAA